AUGGCCGGGAAGAAACAGAAAAAACAUAAAAACAAACUAGCAAACACCGCCAAUCCAGAGCCUAAAACCCCGGGAACACCGACGCCCGCAACUAAUCCGGCAACCCGCUACAAGGAGCUUCAGGACAACGAGUUGAUUGCUUUACGGGCCAUCUACGGCGAAGACUUUGUUGAGCACACUGCUGCGCACACAGCAUGGCAGGCAAGUUGGAAACCCACAUCCAUGUACAUCGCAACCAUCCUUCUCAGUUGCAAUUCUCACAUAGAUGGCGACUUCUCAGUUACUCUUGGUGUUGUCCUAGUUGCUACGUAUCCCAAGUCACCCCCUCUCCUGACUGUCAAGAAUGACGGCCACCUCCGUGAGUCAACUAGGUUCAAGAUCCAGAAGUUUCUUGAGACGCAGCCAAAGGCCAUGGCGAGCUUGGAAGAGGUGAUGAUUGAUGGGCUAGUCGAAGGCAUCCGUGAAAUUCUCGAUGAAGCUGCCAUGAAAAAGGCCCAGGGCUUGGAGCUUCCAUCCCUGGAAGAAGAGCGAGCUGCCCACGAAGCUGCACUGGCAAAACAAGCGCAAGCUGAGAAGGAGCAAGAAGAGCGUAGGAAAUUGAUGGAAACCCAAGAGGAGGAGAGAAUGCUCGGCGAUAUGGUCCAAGAAGAGCUCAAGCGUCAGCGAACUAAGGCCAAGGAAUCAAGGAAGAAGAACAGAAGUCAGCACAUGUCUCCAGAUCGCGUUGCCGAAGACCCGGCCGAGACUGACAUCGCUCUCGUUCUGGAUCAGCCGUGUAAGCUCACCGAUGAGUUCGGCAAUCCCUUAUACUUCCGGACAGUUAUCGGGAAAUCAGUCUACCGUGAGGGCCCUGUCACGACUGUCUACAAGGUGAAGCCUGUUUUGAGUGCGAGGACAGUACGUCCAGCCCUCAUACUUAAGCAGGUCGAUCUGAAAUGCCACAGCAAGGACUCUGCGCAAUUCAAGAAGCAACUCCAAGCACUCGAGGUUCAGUUGGAGGAGCUGAAGAAAUUGCGUCACCGUAAUCUGCUGGAACUUAUGGACUUUAGGAUCGACCGUUCCAUCAGCGAAACGGAUUCGUCCUUUCCAUCUGUCUGGACCAUCAGUCUUCUCACACCUCUUUGUGAUAAGGGGCCAUUAGAAGAACUGUUGGACUUGGCGGGCCAUCUUGACGUCAACAAAGUCAGGAUCUGGACAACAGAUCUUCUUGAUGCCCUCGCUUUUUUGCACAACCAUGGCAUCGUUCACCAAGAUAUCCACCCCGGAAAUAUUCUGAUCUGCCGUGAGCCAGCUGGAGACAUUGUUCCUCGCCUUGCCGAUGCCGGCUAUCAGCGCGAGUUACGGAAUAUUUCUACUAAAGUUGCCAUUCUUACCAGCCUGCGGGCGGCCAGGUCCGCUUACUGGCUCCCGCCCGAAAUUGCCGGCGUGUCAAAGCCUCAAUACACGCAAAAGGCGGAUGUUUGGGACUUUGGGAUCGUCUUCUUACAGAUGCUUUUCGGCUUAGAUGUUCUGACAAAGUACUCCUCUCCCUCUGCCUUGAUGGACUCGCUGUCCCUCUCAAGGUCUUUGGAAGAGUUAGUUUCCAAGUUCUUCAAGUCCGAUCCUAAGAAGCGGCCACGGGCUUUUGAGCUCUGUUCGAGUGAGUUUCUGGCGACCAACGCGCCGGUGUUGGAGGAAGACGAGUCUGCCGUUUCCAGUGGCUCUGUGAUAUCUCUUCCGUCGUCAUUGCCUAAGAGGCAUCGUCGCCGCGAAUCCAUCAACCGCAGCAGCGCCGUCACUUCGAGGUACUUGCAAGAUUACGUCGAAGAGGCAAGGCUCGGUAAAGGUGGCUUCGGUGAGGUCGUCAGGGCUCGUAAGAUGAUUGAUGGCCGCCUGUAUGCCAUCAAAAAGAUUACGCAGCGCUCGAAAGAAACACUCUCGGAGAUGAUCAAGGAAGUCAGGCUGCUUUCUCAAAUGAACCACCCAUCUGUGGUUCGGUAUUUCAAUGUGUGGCUUGAAGAUGUCCCUGACCUCUCUGACGGCGAGGAUUUCGAUUCUUUGACUGACGAAGGGGAAACCACUGCGGAGUUAUCAACCUCUACGGUAUCUCGGAACAUCAAUAUCGAAUUUGGCGAGAGCAAGAGCAGGGGUUUGGACUUCAUGUCUUCCAGUGGACACCCCGACCUUGAGUUGUUUGACGAUGAGUCAGCUAUUGAAGACGACACGGACGAGGACGAGAGUUCUGAGGAAGACGACGAUGAUGAUGAUGACGAUGAGUCAUCUGAUGAAGACAACUCAAGUCUGAGCAGUGUUAGGAAGAAUCAACUGGUUGUGCCCCGCCUCCGCAGGCAAAACACACGUCCUUUCAAGACCAUCAUGUACAUUUCCAUGGAGUAUUGCGAGAAGCGGACUCUUCGGGACUUGAUUGCGAGAAACCUGUAUAAAGAGACCCAGGAGAUCUGGCGUCUGUUCCGCCAAAUCCUUGAAGGCUUGGCCCAUAUUCAUAGCUUGAACAUCGUCCACCGAGAUCUGAAGCCAGAAAAUAUUUUCAUAACUGCCGAUGUCGACGGCGUAGAGAACGUGAAGAUUGGCGACUUCGGUCUGGCGACUAGCAGUCAGCUGGUGAUCGAUAAGCCGGUGGCUAACGUGGACUCGGGUGACAUGACACGGAGCGUUGGUACCGCGGUAUAUGUUGCCCCUGAAGUGAGGACUGGAGGAAGCGGUUCGUACACUGCCAAGGUCGAUAUGUAUUCCUUGGGUGUCAUCUUCUUCGAGAUGUCGUAUCCCCCUAUGGUCGGCAUGCACCGAGCUGUUACACUCGAGCAACUCCGUCGGAACCCUCCUGUUCUCCCGUCCGAUUUUAAGCCGGGCGACAAGAACCAAACCGAGAUUUUGUUGUCUCUCCUGAACCACAACCCCAAGGAGCGUCCUUCCAGCGCUGAGCUACUCAGGAGCGGAAAGAUGCCCGUCCAGAUGGAGAGCGAAGCAGUCCGGCGUGCUGUCGCCAGCAUGACUGAUCCCAAUUCUCCAUAUUUUGAGAAGGUGCUCGGUAGCCUUUUCGCUCGCCAAGUUGAACCAGCUAAAGACUAUGCCUGGGACAUGGGGUCUACGCUCCCAACUCCAGAUGAUCUCAUGCGUCGGUUCAUUGUCAAGGAUACUCUGAUCACCAUUUUCAGGCGCCAUGGUGCUGUUGAGGCGCCAACUGCGACGCUCUAUCCUAAGUCAUCUCAUUAUGGACCAAACGCUGUCCAUCUCCUCGACCGUAAUGGAACGGUGUUACAGCUUCCGUUCGAUUUGGUCAUGGGCCAUGCACGGUCUCUCGCCAGAAUUGCUAGCGGCCCCGUGCCUCAGCGUGCUUAUUCGUUUGGUAACAUCUUCCGCGAUCGCCAAGAUGGAGGCCAGCCGGAUGUCUAUGGCGAAGUGGACUUCGAUAUUGUGACUACUGAUGCUAUGGACCUUGCCAUGAAGGAGGCCGAGGUAAUUAAGGUCUUGGACGAGAUUAUUGCGGCAUUCCCUACAACAAGCUCUACUCCAAUGUGCUUUCAGUUGGGCCAUUCAGAUUUGCUGCAGCUAAUCUUUGACUUCUGCAAUGUUGAGCACGGUGCAAGGCAGGCAGCUGCUGAAGUCCUCAGCAAGUUGAAUAUCCGCAAUUUCACCUGGCAGAAGGUCCGGAGCGAACUGAGGUCUCCCCUCGUCGGUAUCUCAGCUACCAGUGUUGAUGAACUUCAGAGGUUUGAUUGGAGAGACACCCCUACUAAAGCCUUCACAAAGAUUAGGAACCUGUUCGAGGGGACAGAGUACUACGACAAGGUCUCCUCCACGUUGGCCCACUUGAAGGAGGUGUACGAAUACAGCAAGAAGUUCAAGGUCAACACCAAGAUAUACAUCGCACCCCUGAGCAGCAUCAACGAGGCCUUUUUCCGUGGUGGAAUUCUUUUUUCCUGUCUCUAUGACAGGAAGGUCAUGGAUGUUUUCGCAGCCGGUGGCAGAUACGAUGGGUUGAUCAAAGCACAUCGACCCCGGAUUGGCAGCCGGUUCGAGGAACGUCAUGCGGUUGGCUUUAGUCUCAACUGGGAGAAGCAGCUGGCCAAACCAGUCCCCAAGACAACUGGAAAAGCAUUUCUCAAGAAAGCGGCAGAGGAGGAAGCCCAGGGCAUCUUCAGUGCCAAACGGUGUGACGUUCUCGUUGCUAGCUUUGACCCUUCAAUUCUUCGGUCUUCGGGCAUUGAGCUUCUUCAGAUGCUUUGGGCUCACGGUAUCAGCGCUGAGCUUGCCCGAGAUGCCCGAUCUCCCGAAGACCUGCUUACGACUUACCGUGACGAAUCGUACAGCUGGAUUGUAAUCAUCAAACAGGAGAGCCAGCUGAAGAUCAAGACUAUGCAUCGCAAGGACGUUCCAGAUGCUGAUAUCCAGGCCAAAGAUCUCCUUGCAUGGCUGAAAGCCGAAAUCCGGGAGCGUGAAUCCCGCUCGGGACUCAAGAUCCGCGCCGGUCUGAUCCCACAGUCCGAGCUAUCCGGUGUGAUGCCAGGUGCCAGUGCCGGCCUGGGCGGCGGAGGUGCUGGCGGGUAUGAACAGCAGCAGGAUGUGCAUGUGCUGGUUGCUCAGACCAAAUCAAAGAAGUUCAACCGGCGUGCAGUCGUGGAGCAGGCCCAAGCUAGCGCUGCCCGGUUGGUACAGGGUUUCCUCGAGGGUCCUAUUGCUGCCAUCGAGACAUCAGACACGGUUGUCGAUAUGAUCAAGAACACUUCUUUAUCAGACUCUGAGAGCUGGCGUAAGGUCGAGCAGAGCGUUGGGACCGCAGAGAAAAACUAUGUUCGUGAUAUCCACGACAUGUUGACCAAAUGGAGAUGGGAAUUUGAAGAGAAGAAAGGACCCGGCCAUGCGUUUGUUUACAACUUCCGGACGGGCAAGUGCAUCUACUACGAUCUGGGUGGUUAG